CAUAUUGCCUGUCGACUUCUCUCUCUCUCUCUCUCUCUCUCUCUCUCUCUCUCUUCUGGUCUCACAACAGUCCUCUCUUUCUCUCUCUUCACACUUUCUCUCCUCCAUUUUUUUUCUCUUCUUCUUCUUCUUCUUGUGGAUUCAGCUUCACUGUUCAGAGCUGUAGCUGGGAUUUUUUUGUAACUGAAGAAGGGAGAGAAUCUGAGAAUGUCUGGUGGCACGCAGAACAGUAUUAGAAAAGCACUUGGAGCCCUUAAGGAUACCACCACAGUUUCCUUAGCUAAAGUCAACAGUGAUUACAAGGAAUUGGACAUUGCUAUAGUUAGGGCCACCAAUCAUGUUGAACGCCCAUCGAAAGAGAAACAUAUUAGAGCUAUAUUCUCUGCGAUCUCAGCUACUAGGCCUCGUGCCGAUGUUGCCUAUUGCAUCCAUGCUCUUGCCAGGCGAUUAUCAAGGACACAUAACUGGGCGGUUGCAUUGAAAACUUUAAUUGUUAUUCACCGUGCUCUAAGAGAAGUGGAUCCAACAUUUCAUGAAGAACUCAUUAACUAUGGAAGAAGUAGGAGCCAUAUGCUCAACAUGUCACAUUUUAAAGAUGAUUCGAGUCCAAACGCCUGGGAUUAUUCUGGAUGGGUCCGCACUUAUGCCUUAUUUUUGGAGGAAAGGUUGGAAUGUUUCCGUGUAUUGAAGUAUGAUAUUGAGGCAGAGCGUCCUAGGACCAAAGAUUUGGAUACUGCUGAAUUGCUAGUGCAGUUGCCAGCUUUACAACAACUCCUCUUUCGGGUUCUUGGUUGCCAGCCACAAGGAGCAGCGGUGAAUAACUUUGUCAUUCAGUUAGCACUCUCAAUGGUGGCCUCGGAAAGCAUGAAAAUUUAUCAAGCUAUUAGUGAUGGCACAGUCAAUAUGCUUGAUAAGUUCUUUGAGAUGCCACGCAGUGAUGCUGUGAAAGCACUUGAUAUAUAUCGGAGGGUUGGGCAGCAGGCUGAGAGACUGUCAGAAUUUUAUGAAAUAUGCCGUAAUCUUGAUAUCGGACGUGGAGAGAAGUUUAUUAAAGUUGAGCUGCCCCCUACAUCAUUUCUGCAAGCCAUGGAAGAGUAUGUCAAAGAUGCUCCACAGGGGAUCGUGGUUCGCAAGGAUCAGGCUAAUGAUAAAACUGCGUCUCCAAAAGAAGUUUUGGCUAUUGAAUACAAAAAGACACCGGAAACGCAGGAGGAAAGUCCACCUACACCCCCUGCAGCUCCACCUUCUGAGCCUGUGAAAGAGGAAGAACCUCCGGCACAUCCAGCGCCAGUACAACCACCACCUGAUUUGUUGAGUUUGGAUGAUCCAGUUCCAGCAGCUGCAGAGCUGGAAGACAAAAAUGCUUUGGCCUUGGCCAUUGUUCCCGUUGCUGAUCAAACAACAUCUGCUGUUCCAAAUCAAGCAAAUGGAACUACAGGAUGGGAAUUGGCACUUGUUACAACUCCUAGUUCAAACGAAAGUGCUACAGCAACUAGCAAACUGGCUGGAGGAUUAGACAAGCUUACACUAGACAGCCUAUAUGACGAUGCACUCCGGAGAAACAAUCAGAAUGUCAGUUAUAACCCAUGGGAGCAGGCACCGGCAGGAGCCAUGAUGCAACCAACGAUGCACGAUCCGUUCUACGCAUCGAAUACAGUUGCUGCUCCACCUUCAGUUCAGAUGGCAGCUAUGUCGAACCAACACCAGGCUUACAUGUAUCAACAGCAGCAGCAGCAGCAGCAGCAAAUGAUGAUGAUGUCCCAACAACAGCCUUCUGGAAAUCCUUUCGGAAAUCCGUAUGGAGCCGUCGCUGUGCAUCCCUACGGCGCAGGUAUGCCUGUUCAAUCAUACAAUCCAUAUAAUACAGGCCUCAUCUAGUCAUUUCUUCUGGAACACAAUCCUUAAAGCUCAAGAAGAAGAAAUAUGGAUACUCGAUUUUUCAAUUCUGAAAUUGGGGUGACAUGAAAAAUAGACAGAUUUGUAUUAUAUGUCCCGUGUGCCAUAGAUAUAGCUAGAGUGAAAAUUCUUUUUAAAUAAUUAGCAAAGGGAGGGAGGGUUUUGGUUAUAUAAUUUUUUAUGUACAAGGGUAAUUAAUCAGCUUUCAGUUCAGAGUUCAGACCACUUGAAAUUUGUUUUGUCCCUGAUUGAUCAUGGUAAGUUGAGUUCGGUUGCCAUUCUCUGUAUAAGGUGGGAAGUAUAUUCAUAUGUGAUUUGUUGAUGCAACGUUUAUCCAAUAAAAAUAAGUCAUGUUUGAGGCCGUGUC